GCCAUAUAUUUAGUUUUGCUAAAAUUCAACAUUAUGCUUAAAUACGAAACAUGUCAGCAAUCAAGUUGAACGAAAUCCAAGAUUCGAAGUUAAAUAUAAAAGCAAAGGAGCAAACUAAACCAAAAAAUUCUACAGAGAAAGAUGUAAUAAAACCACAGAAAAUUGAAAUCUCGACAACCACAAAUAUUAAAGACCUAACCAAUAACGUUCAAGAAAAAGUUGCUGACAAAGAUGUUACAGGACAAGAUAACAGCAAUAAUCCUGAUACUGGUGAGAAUUUAAGCAAAUCAAAUACCAUUGACAACAAAGGCGAUAACAGUUGUGAAGAAAAUUCGAUUAUUUUGAAAAUUUUAGAAAUUAAAUCCCAAAUUGAGAAGAUUGAGAUGGAUAUUCGAUCGAAAACUAAAGAUAAAUUACUAGUAGAAUCAAAAAUUAUAGAAGAAACAUUGCUGCAGUAUAUUAUUAAAUUAGAUAAUAUCGAUACCAACUCUCUUGACAAGGUCAGAGAUUUAAGAAAGAAGACAAUUUUGUAUACUCAGGAUUGUUUAAAAUUGUUUGAUUCUAAAGUCCGGUGAAUCGAAUAAAUAUUUGGUUUUUGUGGUAUGUGUCUUCUAAUAUCUAAGUUUGAUCGACUUGCAAUUUUGUCACGGUAUGUUAACAACGUCAUGUACAGGACCGGUUCGC